AAUGAAGCCGGCGUAAUGAGUGUUGUUGCAUCGAGUGACGGAGGUUACGAUGCGCUGCUCGGGUCAUUCAUCACAUCGGUCAGGGCCGAUCUGGACAGUCCAAUCACGUCCACAUUUGGCAGUCGAAUCGCUGAAUAUCGUAUUGAAGCACAGCGAAUUGUCGCAGAAGUGGAUGGCUAUUCGGUGGACUGUGAACGAAUGAGAAAGCUCGCAAAAGAGGUUGAGGAAACGCAGGCGAAUCUCGCAAAACAGUUGCUAGCCUUUGGGCAAGCUGCUAAAGAAGAUGAAGCGGAUUUGGCCAAUUUACAAAUGCGAAAUUGGCAGAACAAUAUUGUGAACCCAUUGCUGGCACUGGUGGAAGCGGGACGUGAUAUUCGCAGUCGUGGAGUGGAGCGUUCUUGUCGUGACUACGAAAAUAAAUUUGUAAAAGCGGAAGCUGACGCAAAGAAACAUGCCAAGGUUAGCACUCAUUAA